CCCUAGCUGCUGCGAGCGAACUCCAACUCUCACACACCAUUCCCAAAUUCCUUCCCCACUACCAUCUCUUCUUCACACUACUCUCCCUCCUCCCAAUCUCGAGUUCCUUCCCGUCAUUUUGAUCUCCCGAAUUGCAAAAAUCCCUGCAAUCACACCUCUUUCUUGCUCUCUCUUCCCGCCCAAUUCUCCGGUGUCUUUCUCCCCCUCUCAAUUCGUCGUUUACCCGAUUUCCCACCGGUCAAUUCGUAUCUUUUUACCCCGUUGCUUAUUGGGAUUCCUGGAAUUGGGCCGCUGCUGCUGUCGACUUAUCAUUUGUAUCGAAUCAAUGGUAUUGUAAUCUCCUGUUGCGGAAGAUCACUGUAGGAAGGAAGCGCGCAGUCUCCCAGCGUAUUGGGGUUUCUUAUAGUCGAGGGUCUUACUUACAAAGGUGCAGGAGACUAGUCGCUGACGAACCCAAGCUGUGAUUUUUGUUACUUCCCCGGUUGAAGAAUUUUUCGGGGAUUCAUGUCAAUGGUGUGUGUUUGAGCCUCUCGUCGACUUUGUUUGAAUUUCCCGUCAAUGCCGCGUCCUUUCUUUCAAUCUCAUUUGUCUCUUUCGUUUUGUGGGUAUUGCUUCCUUUUUUUUUUUUUUUUGUGUGUGUUUUCAGAUGAAGCUCAGGCUAGUUUGUUGAGUUUCAUCGUAGAGUUUUAUAUUUGAAUUAGAUUGGAUCACCAGUAGUAGGAUAAAGGAACCGAUUUCCUUUUUCCGUACGGAUCAAGUUUUGACUUGUUAGUAGUUGAAAAUCAAAUUACUUUCCGAGAGUCGUUCUAGCUCUGUCGAAGCAAGUUAUUAAAGCUCUUGGAUUCAUUGGUGGGAAGAAUUUACAUUCAAAUAAAGUCUCCUGUUAUUGAUGAUGCUUGGCUAAGACUCAAUCUUUAUUGAGGCUGAACUCAUCCGAUAUGUUCAGGAAUAAUUUCACAUCUUUUAGAAAAGAAGUAAUGCAGGAGAAAGAUUUAGCAAAAUGCCUAACUUUAAGAUUUACUGCAUUGGUUAUUGUCAUUUCACUAGCUUCCUGUUCUUGAUUGUCGGGGUUACUUGAGGAAAGGGAUAUCUCGUGAAUUUGGAUGCCAGCAGCUACUUUUGUCUUACCCUUAAGCAUACUGACUGUACGUCUGUGUCCUGGCAUAUUUUGAAUGCAUUUGUUAUGCAUGUCUGAUCAUUAACAUGAGCAUAACUGUUGUUGGAAAUUUGAGCUUUCAUGGAAUUAUAACGCCAUGGCAUUCAUCUUGCAGAUAGUUUAUCAUCGAUUGAGGAAAUACUGAUACAUGGAUCCUGAUACCAAGAAGUUUGGAAGUGGACCAAGAGAGUUGACUGGUGCUAUUGAUCUUAUAAGUCAUUUCAAAUUGUUGCCCCAUCACGACUUCUUUUGCAAGAAAUCACUUCCUGUGUCAAUUGCUGACACACACUACCUUCAUAAUGUUGUUGGAGAUACUGAAAUCAGAAAAGGGGAUGGGAUGCAAUUGGACCAGCUUAUCCAGAAUAAUUCCCAGCCAAGAGAUGGAAGUAUACGUAUAAAGCCAUUCGACCUUGAUUUGCUUAGGGAAGCCUUCCAACUGAAGGAAACCACUCCUGUAGAAUUGCCUGCUUCGGAAAAGGGGACUCCUACGAUUGCAGGAAAAUCAAAGACCGAGUCGAAAGACAAGGAGAGAAAGCAUAAAAAGCACAAGGAUAAAGAUAAGGACAAGGAUAGAGAGCAUAAGAAGCAUAAGCACCGUCAUCGAGACAAAGAUAAAGACCGAAGUAAGGAUAAAGACAAGGAGAAGAAGAAGGACAAAAGUGGUCACCAUGAAUCUAAUCCCGAUCACUCAAGAAAGCACCAUGAAAAGAAACGGAAACACGAUGGGGACGAAGAGCUAAAUGAUGUUCACAGACACAAGAAAAGUAAGCACAAGAGCUCAAAAAUCGAUGACAUUGGCGCAAUCAAAGUAGCAGGCUGAAAAAUGAUUGGCAUCCUAUUGUUCAUUGUUUUUGGAAGUGGUUAUUUAGAGUUUGGGAAAGGCUUUUGACUUCCAAGUUUUCAUAUGUAGGAGGUAAAUCCCAUUUUCCCUUGCUCUUGGAACUGAUUCUCCCUUUCCAAUUUAGAAUCGAAAUAAUCAAGAUGGUGACUUUAGCAACAUCCUUCACCAUGAGUUCAUACGACUUACUGCUUGCUGCUCCUUAUUGUGCAGGGUAGGUUCAGAACUGACUGAGAGAAUAUGAGGGGAAUGGUGAAUUCACCUAAUACCUUGAUAUUUAAUUAGGGUUCCUGCAAAAAAAGAACUUUGUAUGAUGACGAUAGUUGAUCUGGUACAGUGAGUGAUGAAAUAGGGCAUGACUCGGGUCGGUUUUUUUUCUUUUCUUCUUUUUACGCUCUCCUCCCUCAGGUUCUGUGAAUGUUUCCAAAGCAUGUAAACAUUUGUUCUACCGUCUAAGUUUAGAAUAGAGGUGGGCAGCCUUAGUGAUGUAUGGAAGUCUGAUGUCUGAAUAUGUUGGAAUCUGCAACCGUUAAAAAGUAGGGGUGGUAGAGUUGGGGUUUUGGGGGGGAGAACAAGGGGGUGAUUGUAUAUAGAAAAAGUGGAAAUCCAUUCUUACACACGGUUGUGGCAAAUGAGUAAAUUGUGUUCAUUCAAGAAUAUAAUGUUGCAUGGAAGGAUUUAGUGUUCGUGUAAAGUGCAGCAGAGUUGAAUAUCAGAUGAUGGAACUGUUGUAAGAAUGCAUGGAUGUGAGAAUGGAUAGGAAUGACCUGUUAUGUAAAAUCUUGUGGUCUAGUUUCUGCUUAGUUUAGAGCUGCCAAUAGUUUGCUGGAAGAUCAUAAACCUGGUACUUGAUGAUUAUCAAAUUGAGUAGCACCUUUGUUGUCUGAUGAUAAAGACACUAACUUUAGUUUGUGUGCUGAGUGCUGACCCUAAGAAUCCCACUUAUGAUUAUGGAAUAUCGUUCAACUUGUAUAUCUUUGAACUAUACGUCAUUUUCGAUCACUUUGGUUCUUGCUGGACGUUGUUCUGGUUAAAAAAGUCCAGAUUUUUCCAGUUGUGCAUAGAGAAUGCAGCAUCUUGUUCCUCGACGCUAGCUGCUGCCGCCAGAGUCAUUGGUGUCAGGGAAGAUAGCAAGAAUAAGAUCAGUGGUAUUGU